AUGUCCCAAAUACGUUCACUGGAGGGGGUAGAUAUCCAUAAAUUAACCUCUGGACAGGUUAUCAUUGAUUUGACGACAGCAGUUAAAGAGCUGGUGGAUAACAGUAUUGAUGCCCACAGUUCGCAGAUCGAUAUCUUAUUUAAAAAUUACGGUACUGACUCAUUCGAAUGUUCAGAUAAUGGAGACGGGAUCUCCACAGGUGAUUUGGAUACACUGGCUUUGAAACAUUACACAUCCAAGAUUUCUAGUUUCGAAGAUAUCGCUGCCGUUGGAACUCUCGGUUUCAGAGGUGAGGCGUUGUCGUCGUUAUGUGGUAUCUCUCAUGUCUGUGUAACCACCACUGUCAACCCACCAAAGGCAUAUAAGGUGGAAUACAAUGAAUCUGGACAUAUAUCAGGCAAAACGAUAACGUCCAGGAAUAAGGGAACUACUGUGCAGGUGUCUAAUUUAUUCCACAAUUUACCCGUGAGACAAAAAGAAUUCAUAAGGACGAUAAAGAGACAGUACCAAAAAUGCAUAUCGCUGUUACAAAGCUAUUCCUUGAUUCAAGACAAAAUAAACUUCUCUGUUUGGAACAUCACUGGCACUGGGAAAAAAAGCUUGGUGCUGUCCACUAGCAAUAAGAAAACAAUCCUCAAAAACUGCAUAAAUGUAUUUGGAUCAUCAGCUGUAUCUGGUGUUGCUGAGAUGUCAAUAAUAAUCGAAUUGAAUCCGACACAUAUGAGGCAACAGUACAAAUUUGAUGAAGAGAGCCAGACACCAGAGGGUAUCAACUACACCAUUUCCGUGGAAGGUUACAUAUCUAAAAGCUCAUUCGGCUGCGGAAGAAACUCAAAGGAUCGGCAAUUUUUAUACAUUAACAAAAGGCCGAUCGAGUACCCUCAACUACUGAAAAACUGUAAUGAUGUUUACAGGUCUUUCAACAACGUACAGUACCCCUUCAUUCUCUUGAAUUUUCAGGUGGACACACGGCUCAUAGAUAUCAACGUAACACCUGAUAAACGUACAGUUCUUUUGCACAACGAGCAAUACGUUAUUGACUUGUUUAGAGAACAUCUUCUAGUUUAUUAUCAAAACCAAGAUUUACAGUUACCGAAAACUGUACUGUCUCAAGGAACUUUGGCCCAAAGCCAAGAAAUAUUUCAUAGUUUUGCGAAGGAUGAAGAAGGAAAUAGCAGCGGAGAAGAUUCAGAUGCUCAUAUUAGUAAUCAAAGACCAGCAAAGAGAAGUCGACGUGAUGACGUGGAAACGGGUACUGAAACCACGUUUGAUAAGUUGAUUCAAGACAGUCCUGACACUGAAGCAAUAGAACAGGAAAGCUCGCAAAAUUUGGAAGAAUCGGAAAGUGAACUGGAAAAAUCAAUAUAUCGCACACUGAUAACAGAAGAUACAGCUCCUGAUACAGCAGAGUUUGAAGCAGAAAAAAUUGAGACACUACUUGAAGAUGAACAAAAAAAAGACAUGAUGUCUACCAAAGAAAGCAAUAUAUCUGUUGAUGCUUUUCAGAAAUUCAGACAUGGGGAUGAUUCUGGGACUCAAAGGGGUAUUGAAGAAAACACCAGUUCUCAACCCAAGCCCGAUACUAUUCAAGUAAACAUUGACGGAGAGGCGCUCGAAUUUCAGGCAACUUACUCCCAGGAUAAAGAACUCGUCAUCUUGCAAGACGAACCGGAUUUAGAAAGCAGUAAAAAUGAAAGUCGGGCCGAUGAUGCUGUUCAACCGUACGUACAUCAAGAAUUAAAUCCGCGAGUAUCAUACCCAAUAUCGGAGAAGGAACUCAACGACAGUGUAACUCCCAGGGCAUUAGGUGUCAGCUCUCGUGAGGGAAUUGACGAACCAGACCCCUUUAUAGAACAUUUGGAAACCACGGUUUCCAUUUCUAAAUGCGAUAUGAGUCUUACUUUUGGAUCAGACCGAAUGAGCAAGAGUUCUACUACGCAAUUCAUAAAAAAGGACCCAGAAGAAACAGAUGAGUACUUGACCUUAACGGUUAAUAAACAGGAAUUUGAAAAAAUGAUGAUUGUGGGCCAAUUCAAUUUAGGCUUUAUAAUCACUCGGAGAGUUAACCCUGAUGGUAAGUUUGAUUUGUUUAUUGUAGAUCAACACGCUAGCGACGAAAAAUACAAUUUUGAGACUUUACAGAGAACCACCAAAUUCCAAUCACAGCAGCUAUUAGUGCCUAGGGUAAUUGAGUUACCAUUUAUUGAUGAGCUUAUUGUGAUGGAUAACAUUAAUGUUUUUGAAUCGAAUGGGUUCAAGCUUUCUAUUGAAGAGGAUGACGCUACCGGUCAGAGAAUAAAAUUAAUGAGCUUUCCCUACAGCAAGCAGACCGUGUUUGACAUGGACGAUUUUGAUGAGUUGUUACAGUUGAUCAAGGACCAAAAUGGGAGUCCUUGUUCUCAUGUGCGAUGUUCAAAAGUGAGAGCAAUGUUUGCAAUGAGGGCUUGCCGCAGUAGUAUAAUGAUAGGCAAACCGUUAACAAAGACAACAAUGGCCCGUGUUGUCAAACAUCUGGGGACACUGGAUAAGCCUUGGAAUUGUCCUCAUGGUAGGCCAACAAUGAGACAUUUGUUGGAGUUGACAGACUGGAGGAACUUCAACAACGAUUACAAGUUAAAUUAG